GGCAGCCUUCAUGUGUUCUGGCAUGCGUUCUAUUUCGAAAUCCAAAUUUGCUGUCAGAAAGCUAUUACAGCAAUGCGUUACAGUGUCAAAAUUGGAACCAUGUAUAGGACUAUCUUUCUGCAAUUUGACUGUUAUGCAAUCCACUCCGUUAUGCCAAAAUAUGUCAACCGGUGUGCGGACAAGAAACAUUAAUCCUAGGACAGAACAUUACAUUGCAUCAGAUGUUAAAUGUACAUCAGUGCGGCAAAAAUCUGACUCUGUUUUACACGAAUCGUAUACUGCACAGGAAGGUUCAGAUCAGAAGGAAGAGAAGAAAGAAGAAAAAGAAAAAGAAUGGUAUCAAUCUUCAACAUUCAAGGGCAUAGCUGCUGUUACUGCGACCUCUCUAACAGUUGGCAGUUUAGCAUAUCUUAUGCAUGUGCAAGGUGAACCUAUGAGAACUGAAUCUGGUGAAAUAAUUGACGAUGAGUUCACAGGCAAAUGGAAUGGAAAUUUUUCAAGAGCUAUACAGCGAUAUAUAAAUCCAUCCAGAGAACAACUUUUACCUGAACCUCUACAGCCGCCAUAUUACCAGCCCCCAUACACACUAGUCAUGGAAAUUACUGGCGUCCUUCUACAUCCAGAAUGGACAUAUGAGACUGGAUGGCGAUUUAAAAAGAGACCGGGUGUCGAUUAUUUCUUCUCCAAAGUUUGUCCGCCCCUGUUUGAGGUUGUAAUAUUUACAUCAGAAGGUGGAAUGAACGCUGAUCCACUUGUGAACAACUUAGAUCCUCAUGGAGCUGUCAUGUAUCGUCUAUAUCGGGACUCCACCAAAUAUGUCAAUGGUCAUCAUGUCAAGGACCUGUCCUACCUGAACCGCGACCUUUCCAAGGUCAUCAUGAUAGACUGCAAUGAAAAGUCAUUCCAGUUUCAUGCUAGAAAUGGCCUCAAGCUUAAGAAGUGGACUGGAGAUAAUGACGACAAAACACUUAUAGACCUCGCUAACUUUUUACAAGUGGUUGGGUCUAGUGGUGUUGAGGAUGUUAGAACUGUGAUGGAGUACUACAGCAGGUUUGAUGAUCCUAUGGGAGCAUUCAAGGAAAACCAAAGAAAGCUAGAGGAGGAAAAACAGCGACGACUAGCUGUUGCUUCAAGUCAGGACCAGAAAAAGAACUGGUUUUGGCGGAAGUGAUGACAACCAUGCCAAGAUUCAUUAUAGCCCUGAUGGACAAAUUAAUUACCGGCUCAUCUGGCACAAUGUUCAUGUGAGCUAAUGCAAUGGUGCAGCCUCUGUUCUCAUUGUUUACAUUGUCAACUUUUAUUUAAAACAUCUUCCACAAAACCAUAAAACCUAGAGUCACAUAUGGUUUUUAGAUUGCUUCGACAAGGUUGUUAGAUCUAAAACAAGGAAAUGACCUUGACCCACUUUUCAAGGUCACGUGGUGUGAAAAAUUCUCAUUCAGAUUAUCUUUAACCUGUCAUAAAGAAAAUAAUUUGUUCAAUAAGAUUAGCUUGACUCAUCUCAAGGGUGUUAUUUAAAAGAGUUUUGAAAUUUGGAUCUGAAAUCAAAUGUUUUAAGCCUAUCAAGGAAAAAUAAAUGAAUUGCUGUAAAUGCUCCUGAAGACCGUUUUAAACAAACUUUAAUCAUGGUACAUGUUUUGUGUGACUUAGUAGGGAAAGGAGGGAUUGGGAUCUUAAGCUAUAAUAGUUAAAAAUAGAUUACUUUCACCUAUUUUCCAAGUCACAAGUGUCCAGUGUUUUUACGGACAAAUAUUACUAACCCAGAGAAGCUACUAAAAACACUGAACUUUCGGAAUGACAUGCAGCUUAACAUGAAAUAUUGUCUGUCUGUCAUUCCUUUGGAAUUUUAUUGUCAAUCUAAAACGAUAUUACCCAACAAACAAGGUUCAGCAAAAUAAAGACAGAAUUCCUGUUUUUUUACCAUCACUCUUUGGUGAUCAAUUGCAGUAUGGAGCUGAAAGACAAAUCAAUUCUUGUGUUGUGCAGUAAGGUAUGUUUUUGUUCUGAAUACGACCUUCACCAGUCAGUAGUUGUUGAUGUCUCCGUACACAUAUAGGAUGGACACUGCAGGACUUAUUGCUUGACUUUGGUGUAAACAGUCUGUCGUAGAACUGGCAGUAAGACAUUAGUGUCGUGUCUGGGACCGCAGAGUAGUGUGAACGGCCGGAGUCAUGAGAUUGUUACUCGGGUCAGGAACGAUGCCUCAGACAUUCAUAGGAAAAGGUUUCUCCCUGUUUCUCCCUUUUUCCACAACAAAAACUGAAAAAUGUUCCAUCAUGAUUUAUGUCAAUGGCAUUCAUGAUGGUAACGGGGAUAUUUUAAGGUACAGCUCUGUAAUAUUAAAUGUCAAUCAAGUAUGACAACCAAAAUGGCUUUAAAUAGCUCCACAAUAUUUGUGAUACAUGUACUUGGUUUUACAGUGUAGUAUCACAUAGGACAAAAUAAAAUGCAGCAUCUUCAUACACACUUAUACAUGUAAAUACAUGUAAAAACAAAGAGGUAAAAAUGACCUCCGUUGUAUAUAAUGCUGCUGAAGAUCACCAUUUAUAUUCACUUAGACUGCCAGAAAAAAAAGAUUGCAGAUUAAAAUUUCACAUAUUUUUCUAUGUGUAUCAUUUGUGUUUCCUUUUCCUCAAAUUGAAAUCCUUUUGAAUUAAAUGUUGGAAAUCUGUCAUGAAAAACUACAAGUCGCAAAAAUAGAAUGAUUAACCAUAACUUGUUGAGGAAAACUUUGAUCCAAAAGUUUUUCUUAAAUAAAUAUUAAUACUUUAUUGAGAACUUAAUUCUGUUGCAGAUUGAUAUGAAUAUGUAAAUUGUCCCAGACUAAAGCAGAUACACUACCUGUAUUCUUAUGGUUAUAAACAAACUUGGCUUGGGAGCUUUGGAACAAGAUGUUGUCAUUGUUCUUGAUUUAGAAUACAUCAGAUAAGAUAAUGAAAUCUAAUCCCUGUGAUGGAGACAUAGAAAUGUCACACCCUUAGUAAGGUUUGACCAACAACAAUCUUGGCCCUUGGGUGAGACUUUGAAAUGUCACCACCUUGGUAAGCCUUGGGUUUGACCAACAAGAAACUUUGCCCUCGGGUUGAGACUUUUAAACAAAUUGUCACACCCUUGGUAACCUUGGGUUUGGCCAACAAGAAUCCAAGCCUUGUUUUGAGACUUUGAAAUGUCACACCCUUGGUAAGCCUUUGGUUUGACCAACAAGAAUCUCCGUCUCAGGUUUAGACUUUGAAAUGUCACACCCGUCCCUUGUUAAGCCAGGGGUUUGACCGACAAAAAACUUGGCCCUUGGGUUGAGACUUUGGUAAGCCUUGGAUCCUGCUUUCUAUGUUGUACCACCAAGAGAAAAGUGUAGUGAAUUUGUUAUGGGGAAAUUGUAUGACAAAGUAGACUUGCUAUAGACUUGAUGUAAUGUUUCUUUUAUGUAUCUGUGAUGUGAUAUGAAAUACAAGUUGUAUGAAUGAU